UUCAUACACCUAGCAGUGCCGAUAUUGACCAAAGUAUCUGCCUAUCAAUGACAACUUCAUCCGCCGUGCCUUGACAUUAAGCGCGCUCCGAACCACAGCAACCUUGUGCAAACAUCCAGGUGUGUUCGCUGUCUUGAUAUCAAAUUGGCAUCUGGUAAAGACAGGGCCCGACGUCCAUACAAACGAGGCUGUGACUAUGAAGUUCAUAACCGAGAAUACCUCGAUUCCGGUGCCUAAGGUCCAUUGCUCCUUUAUCUACAAGAAUCGUACAUACAUCGUCAUGGAGCGCGUGCAGGGACAAACAUUGCAUGCGGUAUGGGGCACCCUGUCGGAAAAGUCUCGUCAAGACCUGCUUCUUCAGCUGAAGCUGAUGUUCGAUGAGCUACGCGCACUCGAGCGGCCUCGGAAUGUCGGUGUGCAGAACUGCGUUGGCGGUUCACUGUACGACUCUCGCAUUCCUCAUUGUCGCAAUCGACUUGGACCGUUCAAAAAUGUCCAAGAUUUCCACCUUUGGUUGAGAGAGGAACACCAGCUUUCUUCAAUAGAAGAGAAAUUAGAUCAUCACCAAGACUGGCGAGAAAUCAAGGAAAUGGCUGUGAGACAGGAUGGCGAUUGGCCACCACCCGUCUUUACUCACGGAGACUUGAACCCAUUCAACAUUCUUGUCCGGAACGGCAAGAUCGUUAGCAUCAUCGAUUGGGAGUUUUCUGGCUGGUAUCCCUCCUACUGGGAAUAUACGUCCGCUUGGUACGGCAAUCGAUUGCGUCCCUAUUGGCAGAACGUUCUAGCCCAGUUUUUAGAGCCUUUUCCUGAUGACCUGAAAAUGGAAAUCACACGGCAGAAAUGGUGGGGAGAUAUCUGAAUUAAGUCUAGGGAGCAGCAUCGAGCAAUUUGAGCUCAGUGACAUUCGACCAUGAUCAAGCAGCUACGGUGAGUCGACGGGACAGGCCUUUCAAGCGGCCAACACAUUUGUGCCGAACCCAUAUCGACCGUUCGCAUCUAUUCUAGCCACAUGUUUUCUGGCAAGCAUAUCGAUCUCUGUUCGAACCGGCUUAAAUCUGCUCGCGAUGGCGUGGAGGGCACUCGCGACCCACGUGCGACACCUCCGAUCUGGGGUAUGUUGAAUGAUUAGAAGAUUCCGAGAAAUGCUAAUCAGGUGGUCCUCGUCCUCGAUCUUCGCUCUUACCCCACGAGCUUGUAAGCUCGUGGGACCGUGAAAGGGUCUUACCAGUGUUUCUUCGUAUUGCUAACCAUCACCAAGA